ACGCCAAAAUGACAUGCUACAAGAGAAAGUGACACUAGCUUGAGAAGAAACUGCAUGUGUGCCUGUCAACCGCUAUGGCUCAAUACUAUCCAGGCAUGAUGCAGACCUUUCCUCCUCUGUAUCUGCCCCUAGGAGUAAGCCAUGUGUCUGAAACACCUCAGGCCAGCGUAUUUCCUCCUGUCCAGAUGACCAACUUCUACACUAGGCCUUUCACUGUAAUAAUGGACCAUAACAACACUUACAGUGACAACUCAGCACACCAAAUAGAGUACCAUCACAUCUAUGGUGCAAAUCCCAACUUUUACUCUUAUCCCUUUUGGCACUUUCCUCAGAUGAGCCCAUUUCCUCUAUACAACCCUUAUGCUAACUAUCGUCCCUAUGCGGCAUUCCAGAGACCUGGCUGGGAUGUAUGGCCGGAGGGGUUCACCCUAAGAGGGGAGCUUCGUUGGGGUAGACUUGAGAGGGUUGUGGGACCUAAGAGGGAUGUGCCGGAGUUUGUGAGAGAUGAUCUCAGGAGGGUCUAUGGUACCUAUCCAAGGACUGACAUCUCCCUCACUUACCACAAUGGGGAAUUCAUUGUGAAGGGGGAUCCUAAAGUAGGAGAACAAGAAUACAAGAUAGAGAAGAAAAUAAUCAGAAAACAACCUACUCCAUCUGCUAGCGAAGCUGAAGAAAGCAGUGAAGACCUCAGCAGGAAGAGAAAAAAGAAAUCAAAGAGAUAA